AUGACAACGAUAUUUGGAUUAUGGACGUGGUGGUCAACGUUGAUUCUGUUGCUAUUGCGGUUUACUAGCGGUGAGGAGGAAGCAGAGCCAUUGAAUAUCACUUCUGUUACGGAGGAGACAGUAUCGACAACCACACCUUCUGGACCGGCAUCCGCCGAUAGGCUGGGAGUUCCCCGAUGUGAGUCCAACUAUGACUGUGUACACAACGGAUUGUGUCGGAAAGAUGCCGAUGGUUACGGUAGAUGUUUGUGUCCAAGAAGCUGUCCACCAUAUAUCCCAAUGGAUUGUAUGAAGCAGGGGUCUUCGUCAUACUAUCGUCUACGACAGCGGUAUCGUCACGAAUUGCCAUGUGGUGUAAUGGACUCGAGUUACAAGAAGAAGUACGAUCUUCCCAGUCCGCAAUGCCAUCAGGGUCGUUGCUCAUGUCCUCCAAUGUUUGAUAAUUGGAAAACAAGUGACUCGCCGGUGUUGAAUCUGCUCCCGACAAAGUGUGAUCGGCGUGAGCUGGCUGUUUUGGGCAUUGCAUACCCAUCGGAUGCAGUGUACAAGGGCACUGAUGUAACACUCUACUGUUGCGUGAAUAUGGAUCCUCAGGGAUUAAUUGAUGUCGCAGGGGUAUUGUUUGUGCAGAAUACAACAGUUGUACGUGAACCGACGAAUCAUCCAUUCCAUCAUAUGACGGAGUUCGAAAAGAUGAACACGCCAUAUUGCUGGGAACUGGAUAUUCGUAACGUACAACUCUCGGAUAGCGGUUCUUAUAUGUGCCAUGUAAAUGCAAAUCAGCAGCCAUCUGUGAAUUACACUAUCGAGUUUCAAGUUAAGGCUCCACGAACUAUCCAAAAUUUGACCAUUGUCACGAACGAUGUAUCCGCGAAUGUAAGCUGGGAUGUUCAGCAAGGACCACAGUUGAAAAUCGGGUUGAGGUUGGUUCGGCGAACGGGCUUGAAUGGUCAGGAAGUGUUUUCACAAACGAAUGCGAUAUCACCAGUCACAAUUGGAAACCUUCGCGCAGCGACGCCAUAUAAGUUGUAUGUGACUGUGAAUGAUAGCCAAACGGACCCUUUCGAAAUUACUGAGCUCUUCAACACAGCUGAGAGUAAACCACAUCCACCAAAGUAUGAAGAUGUCCGCGUCCUUAAUUCGGGAUCGUCUCUGAUCUGUGAGGUGGAAUGGAGAGCACCAGCUCUGACAAACGGGCGAAUUAGCAGAUACUACGUAAGAGUCCAAGGAGCUGUUCGUCGUAUGCGUCCUGGUGGUGCAAUUGUUGCUGACGAUUUUCCACCGCCAACUGAUGAAGAGAAGUGUGCGAAUUGGGAUCAACGUGAGGAUGCUUCACAUGGAAUAAAUCCUAUUGAGUUCACUACGGAAUUCCUGUCCUGUAAAUAUGGACCUCUUAAGCCUAAUCGUAACUACACGAUCACUGUUUGGGCCGAGAACUCAGCAGGUCGUUCGUCACCUCUGGUUUUUCCGAAGCAUUGCAUAACCAACUACGCUCAGCCAGAUGUGGUUGAAAAGCCAGUAACUUCUACAAAUGCCAAUCAUACUUCAUUCAAUUUGGCUUUCAAAUCGAAACCCGAUGAUACCAAUGGACCAAUAAGUUGUUAUUAUAUUGGUAUCGUCCCAUUGCUAAGGAAUGUGUCGUUAGAGACGCUCCCGCCACCUCAAGAAAUUGUGAUGGAUACGGUGUCCAAGGCGUUCAGCAACAAUCUUAACGUUUUGGCAGCUGAAAAGAAGAGAUUCUUCGCUUACAUAGCGGAGAGUUAUACCGAUUAUCCCAUGGAUACUGUCAUCGGGGACGGGCGUGGUGUAUCUGGAAUGAAGCCGUGCAGCGUUCUGUACUUGAGUCGGUACAAAGCCGAAGAUGUGGUUUUGCGGCCUGGUCUGAAAUACACAGGGUUUCUCAUCGUUAGAGUUGACAAAGACGACAGGGACGAAAAUCAGGGAGGGGCGCAUUAUAGCAGAAUUUUGGAUCCCAUGAGACCGCGUGCUUACCGUCAGCUUCAUCUGAGCGGCCCGGCUUAUGGUUUCAGUGGUUACUUCAAACCCGUUUUCCUUGAGCCUGAAGACGAAAGAAGCUCGAUUGGAGCAUUUUUCACCGUGUUGGUGCCUCUUUUGGCGUUCCUCACGAUGGCCGCUGUAAUGGGAUUGUUUGUUUUACACAAACGAGGCGAGGUCGCACAAUGGUGUCAUUGGCUGUGGAUGUCAAAAGAGUCAUCCCUGGGCGCUGAAAGAACACUUCUUCGUCCAUCAACCUAUCAUGCAAUAGCCGUCGACGAUUUGCCUUCUGAAUAUCUUAUGAGACACCGAGACUCAGAUUUUCUUUUCGCUCAAGAGUAUGAGGCUCUCCCUCAUUACAAGCUCGAUGCUGUUGCCAGUGCUCGGAAGGAAAAUGCAUGCAAGAAUAGGUAUGUGAAUGAUCUUAAUGAGGUUCGAUGGUCUUUCUUUAAUAGCAUCCUUCAGUUUUCUUGCAGAUAUAAUGAUAUACGUGCAUUUGAUGCGACUCGUGUUAAGUUGCGCGUGAUAAACGAUGACGAAAACUCCGAUUAUAUCAACGCCAACAUGAUAAGGGGUUGGAAUGGUCGCAAGCUUUUCAUCGCCGCACAAGCACCACUUGACACAACUGUAGCUGACUUUUGGCGAAUGAUCUGGGAACAAGACUCAAGGCUGAUUGUUAUGGUUGCCAAUUUGUUCGAAAAGAACCGUCAGCAGUGUACAAAAUAUUGGCCGGAUGAUCAGCCAACAAGAUAUGGCGACCUGCUGAUUUCUCCGCGAGAAGCGUCCUACUUCGCCGAUUACGCGGUUCGAUGUUUCGAUGUAGAGCCGGUGAACGAUCGAUUCAAUAGAAUGUCACCUGGAGCUAAAUCCGACUUGGGCUCCAUCGAUUCCAAUCCUACUUCUGAAUACGCCAAUGUGCCUUCUGUUCGGCAUUUGAAUGGCCACGCAGAAACCUCAUUCGUUGGAUGCGGAACUGCUCGUCGAGUUGUACAGUAUCAUUUCACAAAUUGGAAUGAUUAUAAAGCACCUGAAUGUUCCACUGGCUUGUUACGUUUCCUGCACCGCCUUCGUGCAUUACCAGAGUUCGAAGAUUACCCGGUUGUAAUCCAUUGCAGUUACGGUUGUUUAAGCGCUGGUGUCGGCCGAACAGGAACAUUCAUCGCAAUCGACAGCAUGUUAGACCAAUGUGCUGCUGAAGGCAAAGUGGAUAUUUUUGAUUGUGUAUCCGCUCUACGAAAGCAGCGUAAUCUCAUGGUUCAGUCGCAGGAGCAAUACGUAUUCAUUUAUAAAGCAUUGGCCGAAUGGCAUUUGUUCGGCUAUACGGAUAUGGACGUUGAACAGCUCAUUGAGCAUUAUCAAACGUUGAUUGAUCCAGGAAUGAGGUAUGACGACUGUGGCAUCACUAAACUAGUUGCACGUUCUGAUGCUGCACCAGCGACUGGCAUGGAAGCGGAGUUCCGGAAAUUGGAGCGUAGUCUUGAAACGCCGGCCAAAUGCUCAUUUGCGGCUAAGGAAGAUAAUAUAAUGAAGAACCGCUUUGACUCAGCAGUCCCCUACGAUCGAAACCGAAUAGUUUUACGUGCUUCGAUAGGAUAUGCGGAUACUACCUACAUAAAUGCAAGCUCACUUAAGGGUUAUUUUUACCCAUAUGUUUUGGCUCAAGAUCCUGUAAGCGAACAUACAGUGUUUGAUUUCUGGCGAAUGAUCUCGGAAUUAAAUGUAACUACAUUAGUUAUGUUGUCAAACGAGGAGGAUUGGAGUCCCUCCGAGAAGUACUGGCCUUCCGAAUUGCAUGGUACGGUUGUGUACGAGAGGCCGCCUUAUAAUGUAAGCGUUCAGCUGACAGGCGAAGAACAUUUCCCGUACUACAUUGCCCGAAGGCUUAGCUAUCGGAUGAAGGAAGAUACCGGUACACGAAAUGUAAUGCAAUUUGCGUUCACCGCUUGGCCUUCAUCAAGUGUUGUACCAGCGUCUUCUGAGCCUCUUCUUUCUCUGGUUGGCCGAGUUUUAGAGCGACAAAGUGGAUUGCCUGAUUCAGGCCCUAUUGUAUUGCACUGCAGGAAUGGAUCUUCUGAGACGGGUGUCUAUUGUUGCAUUUCACUACUGUUGGAGCGAUUGAAAGCUGAGCAACGAGUAGACGUUUUUCAAACGGUGAAAGGUCUCCAAAAUCAGAGGCCACUCGUUUUCUCUAAAUUGGUAUGUUUCAGUGUUGUUUGUUUUUGUUCACGUUAG